AUGUUAGACAAGGCGAGGUAUACGGAGAUUUUCUGGAAACAGGUUCCCGUGUUGGAGAAUCUGAUUGAGCAGGGGAUGGCGACGCUGAUGGAAGAUGCAAAGGACCUGAGAAGAAUGGCAGAGGAAGGCCGGAUUGCCAAAGAGAGGUAUGAAUACCUGAGUCAGAGACUCAAGGGCAGGUAUGAAGCCAUGGAGGUCGAGACGGGGAGAUUGAGACAGAUUACCGAGGAGGAAGCCGAUGGGACUGUCAAGGUCGGGGAUGACGAGGAGUGGUAG